AAGACUACACUGUGCUUUCAUGCUUCGACUCAGUACGCCAAGGACAACGCAGAUAAGAAUAUUCUCGUUGUCGACAUGUGUCCACAGAAAAACAUUUCUCUCAGCCUCCUAACGCAUUCUGAAUUUGAUCCACUAGAAGAGUUUGAAGACGAGGAUGAAGCAGACCGGCCCACUAAGGCGGAACUGCAUUCUUUCUCUAAACAACCAAAGCGUAAAAAGCAAAGAUCAAAUACGCGCAAAACUCGGUCAUCCUCCUCUCCUCCGCUAGAAGAGUUUGAAGACGAGGAUGACGCAGACCAGCCCACUAGGGCGGAACUGUCUUCUUUCUCUAAACAACCAAAGCGUAAAAAGCAAAGAUCAAGUACGCGCAAAACUCGGUCAUUCUCCGAUCCUCCAUUAUUCGAUCCGACACGUAUGAAAAGUCAAGCGGGACGUGAAGAUGCUGCCGCAAAUUGUCUUGCCAGGGAAGACCCUCCAAAACAAUAGUCGGUUAUCUGGAGCAGAAGCUGGUAUUAAAGAACGUGGAAUCUCCUCAAAAAGAAGAUUACUUUGUCGUUCAAGUCGGCCUUUACAAUCCACACGUCACGGACAACCUCUUUCUUCUAUGUGGAGACUCGUCCCUAGAGCUCAUAGCCAAAAUGUUAGAGCACACGCGGCAAGGACCCUGGUUACCAAUUUCUGAUCCGUGGAGACAGGUGACUAGCUGUCUCGACCAGUUCAUAACCAAGUUUACUCAGUCUAGGAAAGACCAAGAUUGGGUUGUCUUUAUCGACACAAAUCCAGCUCUAACAGUCUACACAGAGAUGGCUUUGGCGGCUGCUGAUCGACUUAUUGUUCCAUGCAGUGCUGAUGUCUACUCUAAACAAGCUCUAUCUGUUUUGUUCUGGAUGGUCUACGGAAUUGAGAGUCCAAGGGGUUUCCUUCUUAAUGCUGUCACUUAUAAAGAGGAAUCGCAAAAGCAUACAACCAGGACACCAAAGAUCCAGCUUAUCGUCAACAAUCGACAUACCAUCUAUGGCACUAGAGCUGCUAAAGCCUUUCUUGGAGUGUCGUCUGAGAUCACAGCUACAGCUUACUCUGCAUAUCAAAAGAAGAAAGAAUGCUUUGUUGAUUUAGAUGGUCAUAUCUGCAGGGAUAGUGAAGACUUCCGUAUACGAUAUACGUGCCAAACGCGCGAUUUUCACACGACGGGAGUUGUGGCUAUGCGUCAUGGACAGCCAUUCUACAGCAUCAAAGGAGCAACACGCAAGCCGGAAAUCGAUAGCAGUCUGGAAUCAAUACAAAAGUUGGUGCAGAUGCUACCAUAGCAUACGACAAUGACACUGAGUAUACUAAACGGACGUACUUACCAAGUUGAUAUCUGUCCCGAUUGUUCGCUACCAAUUAUCUCUCAUUGAUAUGUAAUACU